UAUAUAUAAACGUUCUAUAAGAGCACGUACCACGCUAGCAGUGCAACCUGACCUGAGCUUGCUAAAAGCUUGAGUCCUGCACCCAGCAAAAACCGUCAUGCCGUGACAUCAUCGCCGUACCGGCCGGCGCCAACCAUGGCGUUGGGGGGCAGCGCGGUCGCCGGUCGCCGUCGCCACGUGCUGCUGUUUCCGUUGGCGUACCAGGGCCACAUCAAUCCCAUGUUCCGGCUGGCCGGCAUCCUCCACGCCCGUGGCUUCGCCGUCACCGUCUUCCACACCCACUUCAACGCCCCGGACCCCUCGCGCCACCCGGAGUACCGCUUCGUCCCCGUCCCCGACGGCAUGUCCGGCCCAGCACCCGUCGCUAUCGAGGACGUCGUCGCCCACAUCCUCGCGCUCAACGCCGCGUGCGAGGCGCCCUUCCGUGACCGCCUAGCCGCCGUCCUGGAAGACUACUCCAGGGACGCCGUGGCGUGCAUCAUCGUCGACACUCACCUGCUGUCCAUGGUGGAGGUGGCCAUUCAGCUCUCCGUGCGCACCCUCGUCCUCCGCACUGGCAGCGCCGCCUGCCUCUCGUGCUUCGUCGCCUACCCUCUCCUCAUCAAGAGAGGAUACCUCCCUGUGCAAGAGUCGGAGCUGGAAACGGAGGUGAGCGAGCUGCCGCCGUACCGGGUGCGCGACCUGAUGCAGCUCGGAAGGCGCCACGACCUGACGUGCAAGCUGCUGGAGCGCGUCGUGGGGGCCGUGAAAGCGUCCUCCGGCAUCAUCCUCAACACUUUCGACGCGCUGGAGCGGCCGGAGCUGGCGAAGCUCCGGCGUGACCUCGACAUGCCGGUGUUCGACAUCGGCCCGCUCCACCUGUUCUCGCCCGCCGCAGCAGCCGAGAGCAGCCUGCUGCGGCAGGACCGGAGCUGCCUGAAGUGGCUGGACGCGCAGCCAGCGGCGUCGGUGCUGUACGUGAGCUUCGGCAGCCUUGCGUGCAUGUCGGCGCGAGACCUGGUGGAGACGGCGUGGGGCAUCGCUGGCAGCCGCGUGCCGUUCCUCUGGGUGGUCCGUCCGGGCCUGGUCGCCGCGGACGGGCUGACGCGGCUGCCGGACGGGUUCGAGGCGGCGACGAGCGGGCGCGGGAUGGUGGUUGAAUGGGCGCCGCAGGAGGAGGUGCUCCGGCACCCGGCCGUGGCCGGGUUCUGGACGCACGGGGGUUGGAACUCGACAACGGAGAGCGUGUGCGAGGGGGUGCCGAUGCUUUGCCGCCCGCACUUCGGCGACCAGAUGGGGAACGCCAGGUACGUGGAGCACGUGUGGAAGGUGGGCUUCGAGGUCGCCGGCGCGCUCGAGAGGUUAGACGUGGAGAAGGCCAUCCGGCGGCUCGUCACGGGGAGCGAGGGAGCGGAGAUGCGGGCCAGGGCCGGCGAGCUGAAGAAGGCGGCGAAGGAGUGCACCGGCGAGGCCGGCUCGUCGGGCCUCGCCAUCGGUAAGCUGGUCGAUCACAUGCUCGCACUGUAGGACGUACGCGUUUACCUCAUUAAUGUGCUUCCCGUGCUAUUUUAUGUCGGUUUUCAAUGUGUUCAACGGUGUCAGUUCAGAAUCUCUGUUAAUUAAGCACGCACAACGGUAUCCUAUUUAUAAGUCAGUCUUCCAUUUGGUUCUCAAGUACAAAUUGCAAGAAAAUUUACGCAUUUGUAUUUAUAUAUAAGUUAGGUGUGGACGAAAA